AUGCUGAUGAACCGCACAAACCAAACAGGGGAGGACCUCUUCUCCUGCUACAGUCCUUCAGUCGUGGGCUACCGAUACUUUGCUGUGCUGUGGGGGUGUGUUGUGACCAUUACUGGCACGUUUGGGAACCUGAUGACCAUUCUAGCCUUUGCCUUGGACUCACGUCUGAGGACUCGCUUUAAUGUCCUCAUCAUCAACCUGGCUGUAGCAGACCUCCUGUACUGCACCAUACUGCAGCCUAUCUCAGUUGACUCCUAUCUACACCUCAGGUGGCGCAGUGGUCAGCUCUGGUGCAGAAUCUUUGGGUUACUCCUCUUCCUCUCCAACUCUGUGUCCAUUAUCACUCUCUGUCUUGUUGCAUUAAGCAGAUAUCUUCUGGUUGCAAAAAGGGCAGUUUUUGACCGCAUUUUCUCCAACAAUGGUCUAGUUUUACUCCUGAUGUCCACGUGGGCACUUGGCCUGGUCAGCUUUGGCCCACUCUGGUCUGUUUAUGUGUUUGUGCCACAGGUAUGCACAUGCAGCUUCCAUCGGACCAGAGGUCGCCCUUACACCACCAUCCUGCUCUUCUUCUACUUCUUUAUCGGCCUGGGCUUUGUUGGUAUAUUCUAUCUCCUCAUCUACAGACGUGUCAUGAUUGCAUCGAAGGCUCUGCUUCGCUACAGAUUCAGCCGCAGGUCAUCUAGAAAGAAACCAGUAAUAGCAUCGCAAGGGACUAAUGACAGUGGUGUAGAGAGUGGCAUAGCAAAUACAUGUAGCAGUGAAAUAAGCAGCCAGCUAGAACAAGCUGAAUAUAAGAUAGAGACCACCUGUAAAAAUAACUCUGCCAUUGCUUCAGAAUCAUCAGCAGCCAAAAAUUGUUCCUCUGAUAUUGUCCCUGCAACACCUGCUCCAACAACUUCAGCACCUUCGCCCAAGUCAGCAUCUUUGGGAGAUGAUGGGGAAUUUAAACGCGUGACACGCAUGUGCUUUACUGUUUUUCUGUGUUUUGUGUUAUGCUUUGUUCCCUUUAUUUUGCUCAACAUAGCUGACAAAAAUAACAAAGCACCACAUGUACUGCACAUGUUCAGUGCAAACCUCACCUGGCUUAACAGCUGUAUUAAUCCCAUACUCUAUGCGGUCAUGAAUAGACAAUUUCGACAGGCCUAUCACUUGCUCCUCACCAGGGCAUAUGCACCAUUCACCUGCCUCUGGAUGCGAAGAUGACAUUUGAAAUCCAGAUUUUCUGUGAUGUAAAAUUGUCUGAUGUUCUACCAAUCAAAGCUUGUGUGACAUUUUUGAGACAGUGACAGUGCAGCUGUAGUUAGGCACUAUAAACUCUGGUAUCUGAACCUUAAAGUAUAUCCAUAUAUUGCUGUACAAUGUAUAUGACUGUUUUUAUAUUUUAUACACAAUAUAUUGUAUGUUUUGGUGAUGCAUUAUCCACAUAUGCAUGCCAUAAUUGUGCAAGCAUUAGAUCUUACGUCAGAGCCAUUUGCUGUGACAUUUGAUGUUUAGGACAUUCCCAUCUUACACAACAUGCCUUAUUUUGACGUUUCUUAAAUGUAUUACUUCAACCUAAAUAAAUGCUUUCUAUAUUGUAUAAUAGUCUACAGGCGUCAUGGGAUGGCAGCAUAUAACUUGUGGACUUUG